AUGUCUACUAAGGUUCCAUCUAACGCCACGUUUAAGAACAAGGAAAAGCCCCAGGAGGUCCGCAAGGCCAACAUCAUCGCUGCGCGUUCCGUGGCGGAUGCCAUCCGUACUUCGCUGGGCCCUAAGGGUAUGGACAAGAUGAUCAAAACGUCCCGUGGGGAGAUCAUCAUCUCCAAUGAUGGGCACACCAUUUUGAAGCAAAUGGCUAUUCUGCAUCCUGUGGCUAGGAUGCUGGUGGAAGUCUCUGCCGCGCAGGACUCAGAAGCUGGUGAUGGUACUACCUCCGUGGUGAUCUUGACCGGUGCUCUCUUGGGUGCUGCAGAGAGAUUGUUGAACAAAGGUAUCCAUCCAACCAUCAUUGCGGAAUCCUUCCAAAGGGCCGCCAAGAGAUCCGUCGACAUUCUUUUGGAAAUGUGCCAUAGGAUCUCGUUGAGCGAUAGAGAUCAGCUAGUUCGCGCUGCAUCUACCUCUUUGAGUUCCAAGAUUGUGUCUCAGUACUCCUCAUUUUUGGCUCCCUUGGCAGUGGACUCUGUGUUGAGGAUUUCCGACGAAAACUCCAAGAAUGUGGAUCUUAACGAUAUUAGGCUGGUGAAGAAGGUCGGUGGUACCAUUGACGAUACAGAAAUGAUAGACGGUGUGGUCUUGACCCAAACUGCAAUCAAGUCUGCCGGCGGUCCAACAAGAAAGGAAAAGGCAAAGAUCGGGUUAAUUCAAUUCCAGAUCUCUCCACCAAAGCCUGAUACGGAAAACAACAUCAUCGUUAAUGAUUACAGACAAAUGGAUAAAAUCCUUAAAGAAGAAAGAGCAUAUUUGCUGAAUAUUUGUAAAAAAAUCAAAAAAUCCAAGUGUAACGUGUUGUUGAUUCAAAAAUCUAUCCUAAGAGAUGCUGUAAACGAUUUGGCUCUUCAUUUCUUAGCGAAGUUGAACAUUAUGGUAGUGAAGGAUAUCGAUAGAGAGGAAAUCGAAUUCUUGUCGAAGGGUUUGGGCUGUAAACCUAUUGCCGAUAUAGAACUGUUUACGGAGGAUAGAUUAGGAUCUGCUGAUUUAGUUGAAGAGAUUGAUAGCGAUGGUUCCAAGAUAGUUAAGCUGACCGGCAUAAGAAAUAGCAAUGCAAGACCAACCGUUUCCGUUGUCAUCCGUGGUGCCAACAACAUGAUUAUCGAUGAAACAGAACGUUCUUUGCAUGAUGCAUUAUGUGUUAUCCGUUGUUUGGUUAAGGAAAGAGGUUUGAUCGCCGGUGGUGGUGCCCCAGAAAUUGAAAUCUCUCGGAGAUUAACUAAAGAGGCAAGAGCCAUGGAAGGUGUACAAGCAUUUAUUUGGCAAGAGUUUGCCUCUGCAUUAGAAGUUAUCCCAACGACUUUAGCUGAAAACGCAGGGCUAAACAGUAUCAAGGUUGUUACAGAAUUGCGUUCUAAACAUGAGAAUGGUGAAUUGAAUGAUGGUAUAUCUGUCAGACGAUCCGGUACUACAAACACUUAUGAAGAACAUAUUUUACAACCUGUACUGGUUAGCACAAGCGCAAUCACUUUGGCUUCCGAAUGUGUUAAAUCGAUCCUACGUAUUGAUGAUAUUGCAUUCAGCCGUUAA